AAAAAGUGCAGAGUCCAGGGGAAGACUUGUUUUAACUUAACUUUCUGAAUUCUUGAUUUUUUUUUUUUCCCCUUUUUCCUAAUUUUCACUACGGGUCACUGUAGUCUGAUGUGUUCUCGCCCAAGGCCACAACAUCUGACAAGCUGCAUUUUUCCUGUGCUCAAUGAUUUCUGCUGUAAGCCAAGGGUCUGCGUAUCCGCUCACUAAGAAUGUCUUCUCAUUCGGAUCCUGGGGAUUUACAAGAAUCUUUGAAGCAUGGACUUACGCCUGCCGUGUCUCAGUUUAAAAUGGUGAAUUACUCCUACGAUGAAGACCUGGAGGAGCUGUGUCCGGUGUGCGGAGAUAAAGUGUCCGGCUACCACUAUGGGCUCCUCACCUGUGAGAGCUGCAAGGGAUUUUUUAAGCGAACAGUCCAAAACAAUAAAAGGUACACAUGUAUAGAGAACCAGAACUGUCAGAUCGACAAAACACAGAGGAAGCGUUGUCCUUACUGUCGAUUUCAAAAGUGUCUGAGUGUGGGAAUGAAGCUAGAAGCGGUAAGGGCUGACCGAAUGCGUGGAGGAAGGAAUAAAUUUGGGCCAAUGUACAAGAGAGACCGGGCCCUGAAACAGCAGAAAAAAGCCCUCAUUCGAGCGAACGGACUGAAGCUAGAAGCCAUGUCUCAGGUGAUCCAAGCGAUGCCGUCCGAGCUGAGCAUCUCCUCCGCGAUUCAGAACAUCCAUUCUGCCUCCAAAGGCCUACCUCUGAACCAUGCUGCCUUGCCUCCCACAGACUAUGACCGAAGUCCCUUUGUAACAUCCCCCAUCAGCAUGACAAUGCCCCCCCACGGCAGUCUGCAAGGUUACCAAGCCUACAGCCACUUUCCGAGCCGGGCCAUCAAGUCCGAGUACCCGGACCCCUACACCAGCUCGCCCGAGUCCAUCAUGGGCUAUUCCUACAUGGACAGCUACCAGACGAGCUCCCCAGCAAGCAUCCCGCAUCUGAUCCUGGAACUUUUGAAGUGUGAGCCAGACGAGCCUCAAGUCCAAGCCAAAAUCAUGGCCUAUUUGCAACAAGAACAAGCCAACCGGAGCAAACACGAGAAGCUGAGCACCUUUGGGCUGAUGUGCAAAAUGGCAGACCAGACCCUCUUCUCCAUCGUCGAGUGGGCCAGGAGUAGCAUCUUCUUCCGGGAACUGAAGGUGGACGACCAAAUGAAGCUGCUGCAGAACUGUUGGAGCGAGCUCCUGAUUCUCGACCACAUUUACCGACAAGUGGUCCACGGGAAGGAAGGCAGCCUCUUCCUGGUCACCGGGCAACAGGUGGAUUAUUCCAUAAUCGCGUCGCAAGCCGGGGCCACGCUGAACAACCUCAUGAGCCACGCCCAGGAGUUAGUGGCAAAGCUCCGUUCUCUGCAGUUCGACCAGCGGGAGUUCGUGUGUCUGAAAUUCUUGGUGCUGUUUAGCUUAGAUGUGAAAAACCUCGAGAACUUCCAGCUGGUGGAAGGGGUCCAGGAACAAGUGAACGGCGCCCUGCUGGAGUACACGGUGUGCAACUACCCGCAGCAGGCGGAGAAGUUCGGGCAGCUCCUGCUGCGGCUGCCCGAGCUGCGAGCCAUCAGCAUGCAGGCGGAGGAGUACCUGUACUACAAGCACCUGAACGGGGACGUGCCCUACAACAACCUGCUCAUCGAGAUGCUGCACGCCAAGAGGGCCUGAG